GGGCAAUUCUGAAAAUACUUUGAAUUUGAUUCUUGGACCACACGUGAUAGACUUUUCUGUGUAGUGAAACAUCUAACGACUACUUUUUUCGCAUCAUUUAUUUAUCAUACUUUUUGAUUGUUUCUUAGCACAAUCUGUCAGGAUGUGGUUCGAUCUGGUGUACGAUUUGCUAUUUUUUCCGUGCCUCGUCGCAGUCUUCUCCGUAGUUUUGUUGCGUCUUCAGCAGUUCGCAGCGGGGCAGAAGAGCAGGCGGUCUGAAAAUGAUUUGGAAUCUUCAGGUACCAAAAUAAAUAUUGUGUCCACUGCUGCGCAGCUUUGAGAUCAUUGAAUUUGAUUACAGGAAUACUUGGGCCCUUUCUCAUCCUCAUCGGACCACGCUUUGUGUUUCAACAGUAGGAAGAAACAGGAAGUAACGUCGAAAAAUACGCAAAUGUUCAAUUUUCGCAAUAAAGGCACAGCUUCGGGUGAUUUUCUUUUCCUAGACGGCGUCGUGGGUAGCGAAACCGUGUAUGAUGCGGGAUCUCCAGUCGACCAUCAUGAGCAGUUGCCACUCGGAACCACGGUUAAAGAUGCUCCUGCUGGUGACUACGAGCAAGAUGACGAGGCAUCCUUGAUUGAAGCAGAGCGCACGCCGCUUCCGAGUUGUACAACAACAGCGCUGUUGUACGCGAGGAACCUCGCCAGCGGCUUAGAGUUUCCUGAUUAUAGUAGUAAAGGUGGCUUCGAUCUGUACUCGCCUACCUUCGAGGAGAAGACGCCAGCGCUGAUCGAACAAACACCGGAGAUUCAGGAAACUCCGGCUUUGGUUGAGCAAACGCCGUUGCUCACAGAAGAAGACUACGCGUCGGGGAAAGCCGCCUAUGCAAAGCGCCAAGAUGAAUUGAGAAAUGCUCAGCAUACAGGAGGGCUUGAUGUCACCGAUGCAGGCGAAAGGAAUAUUAUCGUGGCAGCGAAAGGGACUGCUACUGAGGGAUUAAGCGACGGUGAUGUACUGCAAGUGGAGGAAGCGACCGCAGAAAACAGUCAAAGUUCACGUGGAGACUUGCGAAAACGCGGGGGCAAGAAAAGGAUAGAAAUCGCGAAGCAUGUAGACUUGCAAAAUCCGAAAUCGACCACAUAUCGCCUGCCGGACACUCUGGGUGACGAAAGCAGUUCCGGCAUUGAGGAGCUUGGCGAUGGUAACGUCGACGAUGAUAUUGACAUGAUGCAAAUGAUAAACAUAGUAGCUAGUUUUAUACCGUGUCGGGUGUUCCAGCAAGGCUGGUCAUAGCGGUUAGUUUACUUGAAAACUCCAACAGGGGCUUGAUGGGAUAACGGGGCGCAUGAAUUGACUAGGCUUUUGACAUUCCCAACUGUUGGCAGGUUCCAGUGUCGAACCUGGGUCAACGAUGUCUUCGCGCGGUGGAGCUGAUAGCGGUCGAUCGCAGGCUACUUUUUGUCGCGGUUUUCGUGAAGAUGAUGAGGAGAUGGACCCUCUGGGUGACGAGGACGAUAGUCAGUUUUUCGCACACCCGGGUUGUUAUCCGAGCUAUCCUGCGGCAGGUUUCAGCUACGUAGCACAGUCUCCGCCUGUCUACGGCAUUGCGCCAUUGGGAACACCUGCUUCGCCGCAGUAUCCCGCGUGCUUCGGCCCGCAGCCACCUUAUCAAGCACUAGGGCAGCCCUCGAUUGGAGUGGGAAAUUUUGCAGGGAUGGAUAUAACAGGGCCACCAUCUAGUUCUUCACGCAUGGCGGCAAGCCCGGAAGUUCACUCGGUGCCUCCGUCAUCCCCUCCGGUGUAUUUCUAUCCCAGCUCGUCCCAGGACGCGUGGGCAUCUUACUAUCAGAGCUAUGGGGCCAUGCACCCGGAUGCGCAAGCAUGGGGAAAUAUGCCUCUUCAAGGUCCUGAAGAUGAUUCUUUUUCAUGGUAAUUCGACGUUUUCGUCAUAAACAUAAUUUGUUUCACAGUUAGAGUAUAGCCACAACGCAUUAGGAAGGUUCUGCUGUUGUCAAAACACGAAACAAAAAUAGCCUUAUUUGAAGAGUAGCCUCUGUGUUCGAUGUGGCUGUGAGCACAAGAUCAAAACAAUUCAUUGUACAUCAAUUGUUCCAGGUGGGCCUAUGAUGGGACAUUACAGCACGCCUGUUGAACCACGAUUUCAUCCUUUUCCGCGCAGUGGACCGCCUUUAACUAUGCAAAAAAGGGUAAGGCUUUUUAGACCUUAGACUUAUAUAUGUUCCAGGGCGCGGGGCGACGCCCCCCCGCUCCCUAGCGGGGGGGGGGCGGGGGCCCUGGACCCCUUUUUAAGGCGCCUGCCGGGGGGGAGGCCUCAAAAGGGGGGCCCAGUGAACUCCCUCCUCCGCUCCCUUCCAGCUGCCUGGAUGUUCCCUAGGGGCCUCCGAUGGUGGUGGGAGGCUUCAAAAGGGGCCCAAGGGACCGCCUGCGCCCCCGUCCAGGUGCCUGCCUGUGCCCUCAGUGCAUCCGCUAGGCUUCGCCGCCUCAGCAGUGCGCCGGCAACGGAAGGCCUCCGAAGACGGCAAAAGGCGAGGGGCUGGACCCCCUUCGCCGUGCCGCCUGUACCCUCCGGGCCCUCGGUCAUCGGCUUGCUUGUGGCCGUGGCCGCCUCCGGCGGCCUUGUACCCCGGAGGCCUCCCGCCUGCGAGGGUCCGCAGAGGCCAGGGGAUCCCUUAGGAACACGCUGAGAGGCCCAAGGGGAGGCCCGCGCCAAGUUUUGACGCCUUCCACCACUAGAAUCCGCGAAAAAUCCGCGCGGAAAAGCGCGCGCGCCACCACAGACCAGACCGCAGGGGGGGAGGGGGGGGCCGUCCGGCCCUGAGUCAUAUAAGAAUGUUGCGGGUUUAUCAUCCGCGAGCUUGUUAGGACGUCACAAACACAGAGUAAGAUCGAGAUAUCUUAAGAUGCAUGAGGGGUUCAUUUUGAUGUUUGAAAUUGUGUUUCUUGAAGGUGCCAGGAUCUUCUGUUUCAAAUCACGUUUAGCAACGACGCGGUAUCGAGGGGAAAGGCACAGCAGACGAGAAGUCAACGCAUGCACCACAGCAGCCUAGUACAGGAAAUGCAGUCGCGACGAGCGGGGUCCAUCAGAAAAAGGCGAACUUCGCCGACUGGCGCGCGAACUCAGAAGACCUUCAAUCAUCUUCGAGUAAUGAAGACUUGAAUCAUGUUUCCGCUUGUGGAGCAGCGAAGUCUUCGACCGGGAUUGCUAAGACAAAUGCACCAGGAAGUACGGCAAUGCAGGGCGGAAGGCCUCUGGGUGCUCCCGGUGGAAGGACGCAAGUCAAGGCGGCAGCGCGACCUGCAUUUGUGCGACAGCUGUAUUACACCGAAGACGGCGGUGAUGUAGGCCUAGGCGACGACGAUAGCGAUGAGCGUGCCAGCGGGUCGUCAAAGUCCAGUAUCGCAUCCACAGAACCAUCGCCAGAGAAUCCUCCGGUACAACAUGGGAAUAGUACGAAAGGCUCAGCUGCCGCCACGCAGCACGCGAGAAAGAUAGACGCGUCCAGUGGCAGUUCCGCUUCACCUGGUGGAGCUCCAGAUUGUGUUGUACUCCAGCGAGUAGACCACGCGACCGUCGGAACAGCGGGCGUUGUUCCGGAGCUUCACCACGGUCAUGACUUGAGUAAUUUGCCGCCAGGUGCAGAAAUCCUCCAGAAUGGGCGUCUUUAUAUUCCGCCGCUGCCUUCGGCGCCACCCGCUAAACGCAAGAAGAUAGAGCAAGAGCGAGUUAAUCAAAUAACGACCCUGAUGGUACGACAUCUCCCCUGCAAGCUGACUUUCCAAGAAUUGCAGGAAGCGCUUACAGAAAAUGGGUACUACUAACCUGGUGAAAUGAUUGAAGAGCAAACUAACUGCUACUUUCUAUUCUUGAUGUAAGUAGGUUAUUAGACGGAAGAGGAAGACUUUUUGUUUUCACUUCUUUGACGGUUGAGGGACCUGUGACAUUAGAAUCAAUUAGUCCUAUUAACGAAGUCGAAGUGCUACUCCUACUUCCAUCGCGUUGUCUUUUUUGCAGGUUUUCGGAGGAGACCUACGAUUUUUUGUAUCUGCCACAAGACCUCAUCAACAACACAAAUCGCGGAUAUAUGUUUAUCAACCUCGAGGAUGGCCGGCUUGUGCACAAAUUUCGAGCAACCUUCUGCCGAUACCAGUUUCACGAGAAAUCGUCAAAGGUACAUCAAUGUAUGAGAAAUGCUCGAUGAGUCAAUCUCAAUGAUUGGUAUAUGAUGAAGAUGUUGAUUCAUUUAUGCUUUCUUUUACUUCUUGAACGUGUGUUGGCUCAAUGAGCCCCUCAUGAUGUCGAUGCUGAAGUUUUAGAGUGCAGCACCCUGAGACCGGUGACUCGAAUUCAUUCCCCACGUCUUCCAACAGAUGGCGCACGUCGUGAACGCACACUUGCAAGGAUUUCAGUCGUUGUACGAGCACUUCCAUCGAACGGUUGUGAAGAAGCACAAGAAUUGCAUCUACAUGAAGGACACAGCAGUGCAACGACUUUAUCCUCAGAAUGAUAUGCCGCUCAACGAAAAAUCGGAUGAAACUGCACUUGGCGGAGUAGGUGAACAACAUGAUAUGGAGACAACGGAGGUUGGAGCCAGGAAUCGAGCCAGUGGACAUGCUGAUACAGGAGACCACGGAGCGAGAACACCAGAAGUGGCACUGCUGGACGUCGGGACUGGGCAUGCUGAGAAGAUUGUGAGCCAGUCGACCACUGUAGAAGCAUCAGCGAAUGCAGUUCACGUUGGGACGAUACCACAUCGGAUGGAGUCUGUCAAAAGGCCAGGCGAGAUAAGGAAAGAGGACAGUCGGGUUGAAGCAGCGCAAACUGCUUGACAUCUAAGGAGGAAUUUAGAUUUACUUUUAGGUUCUGUUAGUUGAAGAAUAGAUCGACGGUGAAUAGUUUGGAAAAAAUCGAGAAUAUAUUUUAUGCACUGUAGUUAAUUAUAGUUUUAGAGAGAAUUGGAUUUCGGAGCCAGAGCGUCGUAGGAACGAAACCGGAAGCGGGUGUUGUCGAUAAAUCUAACGAUCCAUAUUGUUGUCUACAAAUUCAAAUUCUUUUUGUUUUUAUGUUUCGAUAGUAUACAGACCACUCUGUCAAGUCUCUGUAGUUUUGGAUAUAGAAUCUAUGGUCCCCAGUAUUCAAUUUUGCUAAUAAAUUCUACUUGCUUGAUGUACAGAAAGACAAAUACGUAUUUUUCACGCGAUGAUGUCUAUGACAACGUCGUGACUAUCUGUAGUUCUACUUAGCGCAAAUCAACAAGUGUCGGAUAGUUACAACAUCCCAAUGAUAGAUCUGGUUCUGUUUUUCGCGUCUCGCUAUUCAUUAUAAUUGUGCAGCUUUUGAGAAUGCAAGCGAUUGCGAUAUACAAAUCGAUUUCUGGUUUCAUCUGUGUAAAAUCAUCUUUUCCUUGAUUUAGAUUUUUUUUCCUUUUGUCUGUGCAAGCGAGCGUGUCUUUAGAAGAAAGAAUAUUAAAGCACAUAUUUUUACCCAAGGUUUUCAUGCUUCGGGGGUUGGUCGGAUACAUCGAGGACAAAUGGUAUGAGUUGAUCGUUUAGAUUUGUAAUUAAAUUAAAGAAUUUACCAUCAUACGUGGCAACAACCAUCGGCCUCAGCCUGUGAAGAAGACGGGCAACCGCAACAAAGGAUGAGAAGGACCGAGAUGAAUCUACGUUUUUGGAUGUUGAGACCUCUAGUGUAUGAUAAUGAAGGCGAAUCAGGAUUGUCAUGCCUCAAUGCAAGUCGUCGGCGCACGCCUCCGGGAAGUGACAG